AGGGGUCCCUCCGUCCUUCCUCCCCUUUUCCUGAAGGAGGCAGGCAGGCAAGGAAGGAAGGAUGGAGCAAGAAGAGUGAAGGGCUGCGCCUGGGAGGCAGCAGGGGGCUUGGCCCUCGGGGUGGCUGGUCUGGGGAGGCUGGGGCCAUGCCUUCUGGGCUGCUGCUGGGGAGAGAGGGCUUGGCUCUGGGCAGAAGGGGCAGCAGAGCCCCACCGGCAGCUGCAGGGACCGGCUCCCACUGAAGGAGGAGGAGGAGGAGGAGGCUGGCACCGGAGACAGAGAAGGCGCAUCAUGAAGGCUUGGCUGCCCCAGGCGCUGGGCUGCCUCCUGGCUUGGGGCUCUUUAUGCAUCUGCCUUCCUGUAUUGGAAGACUCUGGUACAGAAGGUCUGAGCUCAACUUCCCUGGUGGAUUUUAGAGCAAUAUCCCAGCUGGAGUCUUUGGAUUCCAGUGAACAGACCAACCUGGAAGUGUCUGAGCUUGUCCCAAGUGCCCUGCAAGCCUCACCUGGCUCAGGUUUCUCUAGUGAAGAGAAUGAAGACUCCAAGGUUCUUCAGUCCCAGUUUUUCUGGGAAGAUGGUGGGGACAUCAAUGAUUCCAGCUUGUAUGUGGGACCAGCAUCAGACUACAGUUUUCCACUUGCCUCCCAGAAGGCAUUGCCUAAAGGAAAUGGGACACAGAUCAAAGACCCUCAGGAAGUGCCCACUUUCCGCCAGUCACUUGAUUCUAUUGAGCCUGACUCUGAAGUGCCUUCCACCGGUGCCCUUGAGGAAGAGGAAGGGUUGCUUCCUAUAAACCAAUCAAAAGGAGUAUCCCAGAGCAGCCAAAUACCCAAAGUCAGUUUUUCUGAAACACCUGGGCAAGAUGCAUCACACUCCAUGCUUUUCUCCACCACAGCCAGCACAACAGGUCUUGUGACUGAGGUGCCGGUUGACAGGCAAGAGGAUGAAUCUGCUCCUGAGCAUGCUUCCUCAGGCCUUGACCUAGGGAGCAGCAUGGGCCCCAGUGUCUUGCCUCUGUCCUCCAUUUUGUCAGCUACUCCUAAAGAAGCCCAGCUUGUCUCGGACAUCCCUCUUAGGAUAACCUCAGAAAACCAAAGGGCCACAGUAGGAGGGGAACAUAUGAAGACCAUAACAACAACAGCUGCAAUGCCAUCUAAUGUAAGAGAAGUGGAGACCUCAAUGAGUGGAGACAGUCCAAAGCCCACAAAAGGAACAGGAAUGGGGCAUGCUGAUUCAGCUGCAGGGACAGUAGCUAUAGAGGCCACAGAAGAGGCUGAAACAAAAAAGCAGACAGGGGGAGAUCUUCUCAUAACACAAUCUCAUGGCGAUGGCACCCAGGUUUCUGAGACUGCUUCCAGGACUUCUAGCAGCCCAUCAAACCCCAGCUCUUCAGUGGAUUUCUGGGACUGGACUGAUAAGCCAGCACCUACUCCUACUCCCAAUCAAAAUAUGACAAAGUUGCCAGUCACAGCAACUGCUGCAGGAGAACGAAGCUUUGCACCACAAACUGGAGAUGCCCGCAUGGCUGUGCUGUCCACAGGGGUGCCUUGGAGUCUGACACAGGUGACCUGUAAGGACUGGAGCAAUUUGGCAGGCAAAAACUACAUAAUCCUGAACAUGUCAGACAACAUUGACUGUGAGGAGUUCCGAGUGGAGAGGGGCCUCCAGUUGUUGGCACUGGUAGAGGAUGCUUUCUCAAGGUUUGAAAAUGGACUGCAGGGCCAAUGGUUGAUCUCCCUAAGCAAACCCAAUGAGAACGACAAACACCUGCUCAUGACCUUGGCAGGAGAGCAUGGGGUUGUCCCAACAAAUGAUGUUCUUCUGGCACUAGGUGACAUGCGGAGGAGUUUAGCUGAAAUUGGCAUCCAGAACUAUACAACUACAUCAAGUUGCCAGUCACGUCCCAGUCAGACCCACAGUGAUUAUGGGAAACUUUUUGUGGUGCUAGUAAUCAUUGGCUCAAUCUGUGUCAUCAUCAUUAUAAUGGGACUGAUUUACAACUGCUGGCAAAGGCGCUUGCCCAAGAUGAAGAACAUGUCACAUGGUGAGGAGCUACGGUUUGUUGAGAAUGGCUGUCACGACAAUCCCACCUUGGAUGUAGCCAGUGAUAACCAGUCAGAAAUGCAAGAAAAGAAGCCAAGCGUGAAUGGUGGAGGAGCUGUUAAUGGACCCGAGAGUUGGGAUGUUCUCAUUAAUAAGCGGCCAGGUGAAGAAGGAGAUGUGUUUGAGGAAGACACACACCUUUAAAUGAGGGGCCCAUGUAUCUGACUGCAUUCUUACUUGAUAUCAGGGCCGUAUGGGAAGGGGGGCUCCUCAGGAAUGUAUUUUCUGGUUUGGAAUGGAUCUGCCCAUCAUGGUCCCAAGGUACCAUCAUAGACCUGGAGCCGGAACGACUGCCCUGAGCAGAGGGGUUGGGGGUAGGUGGGGCGUGUUUUUGUGUUGUCAGUAGCGCCAAUGCUUUAAUCACUUUUAAAUGCACUUGCUCUAGUUCUUUUGUAGAAGUGGAGGAUGGCCAAGUUUGGAAAAUAAAUGGUAUCAAGACUUAGCAUUGCCCCUGAGUUUACAGAAGGAUUGAUCAAGGAGGGACCAGGCCAGUUUCAAACAGAACAGCUGGAUUCACAGUUUGUCUCAUUAGGUGCAAUAAGAAAAGCAAUGAAGGAACCUGCACAUAUUUUAUCUUGGAUUGGCAGGGCAUCACGAUACUCUUGUAAUUUGUCACUCCUGUUGCUCAGCAUGAGUGGUUGCUGGACUUUUUUUUCAAGCCACCACAUGAUGCAUUGAGGCAAGCAGCUGGGCUAAUGCAUCGUUUUGUAGGUUUAUAAUGUUUUGUUUAACUUCUGUGUGAGGUUGUGUUGGCAGCAUGUGCAUUCUGCACAGGUAUAAAAUGUUCUGUAAUGCCCUAACUCUUAAGUUCUAAUCUGAUAGAUUACAUUUACCUCAAUACUAUGGUAUGAUCUUGGCAGCAGAAAUUCAUUUUGUGAUUCUGAAACUUUUUGUGGACAGAAGUUGAUGUGGCCUUGAAUUGAUCCAGCUUGGUUGAUCUGAAUUCUGAAAACAAUUUUCUUAAUACAUAAUGAAUCCUGCUAUUGUUUCAAGAAGACCAGUGGACUGGCAAUUGGAGAACUCAGAAUAGCCAACAGCAGGAACAAAAAAAUUAUCCUCAGCCUGGGAGCUCUCUGUUGCUUCAUUUAAUGUGCUUAAUUAUAACACCUGGGGUGAUUGCUAUUUCUCAUGUUGUUUGAUUGGUCUUGAAUUAUCCAUUUGGAAAAUAUCAAGCCCUAUUCUGUACUUGUGCAGUAGAUUUUAAUUUGGUCUCCCUCCUGUAUGUCAGGAGUAGAUCACUUUAAACAAAUGAGGCUAGCAUAUGAUAGCCCUUGAGAUCAGAAUUAGACUCAAAAGCACUAUGAAUGUGUGUCUGGCAUGCUUUGAGAAGCACUUGAAUAUACAGAAUGUUACUUGGCCUUUCAUAUUCAGCGCUGAUCACUGAUCUAAGAAACUUUGCUCUAUUUCACCAGAAUGUUUCCUUGUGACACACAUUCCAUGUUUCACUUUGAAAAAACACUUGCUUUAUGAUUCCAUUUCUAGUAAAGAGCAGGUCUCCACAUAUAUAGUCCUUAAAAUAAUCUCUCUCUCUCUCUCUCUCUCUCUCACACACACACACGUGCACAGUUUCAUGUAUUAAUAAGGACUGACAAUGAACUUGUAUCUGAAAGAUAUUGAUAUCUCAUCUGCAGAUCUUGCUGAAUGCUCACAUCUCAUCUCCAUAAGCAUAAAGUACAGUAGUCUUGUGAGUAGUCAAUUUCAUAUGUAAAUAUAAAAAUAUAACUGCUGCACAAGUGUCAUCUCUAAACAGCAUUGUGAUUUUUUUUAAAAAAAUGUGAGGAUAUAAAAGGUAAAAAUAAUAAAUCCCUAGCUAAAUUCAAGUUGAGAUCAAACACAUUUUAUGUUUCAGAAUUGUAUUUUCCUUUCUUUUGGGGAGAUAUGUGUCACCUUAAGCAACCUCUAAGUAAUGCUGUUUUUAGAUCUGUAAUUUCUCACUCAUUUGUUUUAUUCUAGCCUUCCUUUUUCUGCCACUAUAGGCUUCUCCAUUUUGUCUUGUCUACAACUUGAUGGAUAGCAGUUUGUCACAGCAUGUCAUAUAUCUUUAGAUGCAUAUAUAUACAGUCAUCCCUCCCGAUUCAUGGUCUUGCCAUUCGUGUCCCUCGGUCUUUCACAGGUGGCAAGCCGGGAGGCACAUAAUGGUGCGAGUGUGGGAACAUACCACCAUUAAUUACAAUGGGGCUUCAAUAUUGAUGAUUUUCCCGAUUCGGCAGUGUGUGUGUGUCCGGAACAGAUCCCCUGUGAAUCGGAAUGGAUGACUGUAUAUGAAUGUGUACACAUUAGCCAAUCUGUCUUCUUAAAUAUGUUUUACUAUUCUUUGUUUUUUUAAUCAAUUGAUUAUAUAAAAUGUCUGCCUGUGUGCUACUAGGGGCCUAUACAGAUGGGCAGGAUACCUGUGGUUCUGACCUGGGUCAGCCCCUGGGCCAGCAUACCACCAUGCUGUGGAUUGGUGGCUGCAGCACACCUGACAUGUCUGCUCCAAAGUCCCCCACCAUGGCCCAUAAGAGUGGAUUAGCCUGGAGCUAAUUGCCUUUGUCGUCCAUACAGGACAAUGCCAGACCAGGGUGAACAUGGGUCUUUUGGCUCAUAUGUUUGGCCCCCUAGGAAGUCAGCUGCCUUUCACCUUUAGUGUAGAAUAUGAGAGCCGGCAUGGUAUAGUGCUUUGAGCAUUGAACUAGGUUUGGUUCCUUGUUGGGCCAUGGAAACCCACUUGGUAACCUUAGGUGAGUCACACACACUCAGCCCCAGAAAACCCUUUGAUAGGACUUCCUUAGAGUCACCAUAAAGGCAAACAACAACAACUAGUAGAAUAUAGAUGACAAAAAUGGCACAGUUUUACCUUAAUCAUGAAAGCAGAAUAUAUAAUUAAGAGGUAAAAUUAUUUGCAUGGAUAUACCUUGUAUAUAGUGUCACAGUCAGCACUCCUUUACAAUAUAAAGUACAUUAAUUUACAUUUAGAUUCUGUAUAGUAGAUUAAAGGAUCACAGAAACUGUAUGCAUGAUGCUCUAGGCUGGUAGUGGGUGUCAAGGAUGUCAAAGUGGGUCUGGAUACAUAUAAUCCACUUCCAUGGUAUGAUGCAUAGUUUUUUCCACCAAUUUUUUUUCAUGUUACUUUGCUCAGCCUGUGGCUUCCCUCCAUGUAUUUCACACAGACAAGAGUGGAGUUAGCAUGAGCUUGAGUGGAGGUGCCAUAUAAUUUAGGAGACUGAAUGUAAUGAAGUUAUGAUCAAAUUAAGUUCUACAGUAAGCAAUGGAAAUAAUAAAUUAUAUCACCAACUAAUAACAUCUAACCAACAGGGAGGAUGUCCCUCUGAAAUGGUGUGAGGAGGCACCCCUCUAUAUGAACUACCCAUGCCUGCUAUAGAGUCCCCACCUCUAACAACCAUCUUGUGGAUCUGAUCAUUUUGGCACAUUCUGUUCUUCCUUGUAUAGUCCUUUGUCAUAAUGCACACACAGAAUUACUUGUUCUCUUCCUCCUACUCUAUCCAUAUAGUCUAUAGACUUCAGGUAUCCUUGGCAUUCUUACUCUGUCUGCCUUUAAGGUUACUCCCAAGAGUUCAUCCAUCCUAUUUAGGGCAACUUGAGUUUGGCAUCAGAAUAGUACCUGGAGCUCCACUGACCCAUACAAGCUUGCUUGUUUGAUGCUAGUGCUCCUUUUCUGUAUGUUAAGGAAUGGUAUAAUUUCACUACCACCCAUUGAACUAUGUUCGUUUGGGGGGCAGACAUCAUGUAUCUUCUUACAUCGUUUGUCCUCACCUAGCUGUUGUAUAUCUGAUUAAAACUUCACAAGAUGGCCACUAGGGGCGUGUUGCUUUACAUUGCUCCCCUUAAUAGUUCCCCAUAUUAAAUGGGAAAUCUUCAUGAUAGCGUAGGUAUUUGGUUGGGAAGGGUUGCAGUAGGAUGGAGUACAUCCUCCAGUCUGUGUUUGAAGCUGCAAGAUGUGGAUGGCUUGGCAAGUGAAUAUAGCUGCUGCAAGAAGAGAUUUAAAAAUGGUCUUCAGAUGGCCACCAUUUGAGUUUGUGCUGGAACUAAACAAUUUGUUAUAGUAAUCUAAUGUACUUGCUGUUUGACUUGAAACUUAAUAAUAAUAAUAAUAAUAAUAAUAAUAAUAAUAAUAAUAAUACCUUACAUAAAAAUGUAGCUACUGCUGUAUCAUCUCACCUACCUUGAAA